AUGAAACCCACCAUGCGGCGAGGAGUCAAGGCUGAGGACGUGGCUGAUGCCGCCCCCCUAGUCCAUGAGAUGGGACAUAGAUAUCUACGUCACCUCACUACAGCUGUCUUCCUUGGUGGCCUAUCUAGUGGUACUGCAGAGGCCAGAAUGUACGACAUUCAGAAGACUAUGUGGGAGUGGGUUAUCGCCAGUGGGUGGAACUCGAAGGUGCCUGUCUGGAAGACCGUGGCAGACUUACUCCAUCAGCUAGGCUUUACUGGUGUCGUGUCCACAUCUCUAGUCAUCAACACACUUCAAUUAAAUCUAUCCCAUGUAUCUACUCUGCACCCUCGAGAGGAUGAGGAGUCCUUCAUCGACAGGAUGGCUAAGGUGGCGGCUACCAAAUAUGGUUAUGAUACGCAAUUCAAAGAGUAG